AUGAAAUGCGAAGCGGCGGAGCUGCGCGAGCUGAUUGCAGACCUGACAAACAAUCUCUCAGACCUGGAGGACGCGCCCCUGGAGACUGCGCUUUAUGGACACAUCCCGGACUUGAUCCGCUUUGCCUUUGGCUCCUACCACGACCACGAGCAACUGGACCGUGUCAGCGGCGACGGAUGGGUGGCGGCGAAGGACCACGGCGAUUACGCUGUACCUGACGCCCUCGCCAAGGGCCACACGGUCAUCCUCCUCGUGUUGCUCAGGACGUUGUCAUGGCUGCCUGGCAACCCGAUCACCAAACCAUGCCGGUGGCACGAGGCGCCUGAAGCAUCCAUAUUUGGUGGACCCAAAAACGACCAGCUCUUCCACAGCCCAAUUUUGCUCGUAGCAACGUCGCCAGGCUGCGCAGGCACCUGCUGUCGCUCUGCGCAUGGCUUCCAACUCUACUGCCACUGCGCUCAUCCGGAACAAGCUCACACCGGUGUGAUCCCGCCGCACCGCAUGAAGCGCGCCGACGUCGAGCUAAUGCAGCGGCUGCACACGCUGGUGCCGCUCGUGGUGGCCAUCGCGAAGAGUGACACAAUGACCACUGAGGAGACGUAUACAUACAAGAACCAAGUAAGUGGCCUGCUCAAGAAGCACAGCAUCUCGACCUUCCGUUUCACCGAUGGAUCGAUCAAGGAGGUCGAGCAGCUCCACGCCGAGAGCUUUGUGGACACGUUCAAGCCUCUCUACGGCGGCGCCGACGGCUCCUUGCCGUGGGCGGUCAUGGGUGCCGAUGACUCGCAGCGCGAUGCGGGAGGGUGGCAGCAGCUCAAACGAGACGCGGCACUCAAGGCGGACAAGGAGGCCGCACGUCGCGCCAAGGCAGUCUGGCCCACGGUGCCAUGGGACUAG